ACUCCGCGUGGGAAUCAGUUUAAAUAGUAAAUGUUUUGCGCUAGAUUAACAGUGAAGGCCAGUAGUUUACUGCGGUCUGUUGAUGCCCAUGCAGUCAGGCGGCUAGAAUGAGUGGAAUAAAUGCCAGCACGCUGCAAUCAUGAAGCCAACAAUUGAGUCUCUGCCAGAGGAAAUUUUGGAAAAGGUUUUCUUGAACCUCUCACCUUACCAGGAGUAUGACAAUGUUGCUUUGGUAUGCAAACAGUGGAGACGAGUUAUCGCAGGGGUUGCAAGCCAACUACAAAAACGUUUUGAAGAAGCUUUUAACAUUAGAAAACUCGCUUGGACAGAAGUUUGUUUGAAUGUGUCUCGUCAUCCUGCUAAUUCAAGCUUUAUGUCACCAAGAUUACUUCAUUCUAUGUGUUAUAAUGAUGAAACAAGAUCAGUAUAUGUGUUUGGGGGUCGGUCUGUUGGUUCCCAAUCUGCUGGUUUCAAUGACUUAUGGCGGCUCAAUAUGCAUACUAAACGCUGGGAAAGACCAAUCAUCUAUGGUGACUUUCCUCGUCCAAAGUUUGGCUGCUCACUUGAAAGUUACAAGAAUGUUUUAGUGUUAUACGGUGGUCGAUCCAUGCCUCGUUCAGCACCUUUCGUUUUGUAUCAUCCUGAUUAUUGUAGCGAUGAACUCCACAUCUUUGAUACACAUACGAGUAAAUGGAAACUGAAGCAGAGUAUACAAGAUGCCCCACCUGCCCUCUAUCUGCAUGGCAGCUGUAUAGUAGCUAACCAAUCUGAAGAUGGUGAUGAAUGUAUGCUCAUAUUUGGUGGAAUAAAGGAAAGAGGUGGUGGUGACAGCUCUGAGAUUUGGUGCUUAGAUUUACCGACAUACAACUGGUGGAAACCUACCAUUAUCGGACCUCCACCAGAAGCAAGGCAUAUGCAUACACAAGCUGCUUUCAGAAGCGAGUAUACAUUUUCAAGCGCAGUUCUUAUAGUUGGAGGAAGCACUACAGAAAAUAGAAUUUUGACAGAUGCUUGGAUUUUAACUCGAUCAGGAUUCAGAGAGUGGACUAGCACUUCACUGGCUAUCCGGCCCGGACCACGAGAUUUUUUACCACAGAUCAGUGUUUUUAAAAGAAGUGGAGUAAAGGUUGGACAAAACCUGAUUUUCUUUGGUUCUACUCCUUCAAAUAAAGCAUCAUGUAAAAGAAAAUCGAUCAGAAGAUUUUAUCCGUAUGAAGAUCAAGAAAUACAAUCGGUAUUAAAUGGGGAAUGUAACAACAUUUUAGAACGUCAUCGUAACCCGUUGUGCGUUUACAUCUUGAACUUGAGCAGAACUAUAUCAGAUAAUAUUUUAACUUGGAAAACAUCCCUGUCGGAAAAUGACAAUAAUGUGGACUGCAAUAUGCUGGGUCCGGAUAAACCAAACUAUCAUUUAGCAGUUGUUGCAAGGGGAGAGAUAGUCGUUCAUGGAGAUUUUCCUCUUGAAAAUCCACAAGUUAUCGAGCGAACCUUCAGACAGAGUCACAAUUUUUUAAAUGGAAUGGGAAGUAAUAAAUGGACACCUCUUUAUUUUUUAUCCGCGAAUAUCACAUAAUAUAUCUUAUCUUUUUACCUUUUUAUUGAUUUUAUUCGAGAAUGUAAUAAAUUAUUGGCCCCCUUUG